CGAUUUCAGAGCACUCCUUAUCUCUGCGACACUUGAGGCUUUUAGAUUAGUUGCAUUUGUGGUUCGAUUGAGUUAAGUUCCUGCUGUGUAAACGCUUUUGUGGAACAAAUCAAACGUUAACUAAAGAUAUUUGAAAUAUUUAGGUAUUUUGCUUAUAUAAAAAAAAUUAAAAAAAAUGGACUUUUAUUGCUUUCCUCAAUCGGUUCCAAAUCGUGCUGUCAUAAUGACAGCUGCAGCUGUGGGUGUGAAACUCAAUAGAAUUCCAUUAAAAUUGUUAGCGGGCGAGCAUCUGAAGCAUGCUGAAUUCAUGAAAAUUAAUCCGCAACAUAUGGUACCAACAAUUGUUGAUAAUGGCUUCGUUUUGUGGGAAUCACGUGCCAUUAUGACUUACCUAAUCGAGCAAUAUGGCAAGGAUGACUCAUUGUACCCAAAAGACCCUAAAAAGCGUGCUUUGAUAAAUCAACGUUUAUACUUCGAUAUGGGCACUUUAUACAAGGCCUUGGGAGACUAUUAUUAUCCGCAAUUAGCUAAGAAAUCCAAGGGUGAUCCUGCUCUUUACAAGAAUAUUGAAACAGCUUUUGAGUUUUUGAAUACAUUUCUUGAGGAUCAAUUGUAUGUGGCUGGUGAUACAUUUACCGUAGCAGACAUUGCCUUGGUAGCAACAGUUUCCACUUUCGCUAAUGCUGAGUUCGACUUCAGCAAAUAUGAAAAUGUCAUGAAAUGGUGGGAAAAUGUUAAAAAGGUGACUCCUGGCUUUGAAGAAAAUCAAGCAAUACUUUUAGCUGACAAGUAUCGUUGGGAUGCUUUAAGAGAAUAAAGAAACCGUUUGAAGUUGAUUCCAAAUACUGUUUAAAUUUAUAAAAAAAUGAUUUAUUAUGUAAAUAUAAAGUCUCUAA